AUGGGGUUUGAGGGUUUGUUCUAUGUUGAUAACGAUGGCUUAAGUGGAGGAUUAGCGUUAUUGUGGAGAAAGAAUAAUACGGCAAGAUUACUGAGUUAUGCGAAGAACUAUGUUGAUAUUGAGGUCACUAUGGCAGGUUAUCCGCGCUGGAGGAUGACGUGUUAUUAUGGCUUCUCAGAACGUAGCCGUCGUGCCGAGUCUUGGAACUUGUUGAGGACCCUUGCGGCAAAAUCGGAUCUCCAUUGGAUCGUGAUGGGGGAUUUUAAUGACUUAUUAUAUCAGUACGAGAAGAUGGGAGGAAAUCCGCAUCCAAAUAGCCUUUUACGGGGUUUUGGAGACACAUUGGAGGAUUGUGGCCUAGCGCAACUACCGAUGGUGGGGUAUCCAUAUACCUGGGAGAAGGGGAAGGGAACUGUGAAUUGGAUUGAGGAGAGACUAGACAAGGUUCUGGUGACGGAUGGGUGGCGUAACGUGGUUCCCCAUGCUAAAGUUACGAACCUGAGAACCAGGAAGUCGGAUCAUUCUGCUAUUUUCUGUGGAAUUAAUGAGGGAGUACGGGUGAAUGGAGCAAGAAGGAGGGGAUUUCGGUUUGAGAUGGCCUGGUUGUACGAUGAGGGAUGUAGGGGAGUAGUGGAGCAAGCAUGGGACGAGGGAAGAGGGCAGGGGUUGCAAGAAUGUAUUCAGUACUGUGGAAACCGGUUAACACGCUGGGGUGGGGAUCGGUUCCAUAAGUAUGGGAGACAGAUUCUAAUGCUGAAAAAGGAUCAGGAACGGUUGAGGGGUCGUACUGAUGCGACUUCACUUGCUGAAUUCCAGCAUAUUGAGAGACUUUUAAGCAGAACGGAAGCCCAGGAGGAUGCAUACUGGAGGCAGAGAGCCAAGCAGCACUGGCUCAAGGAGGCGGACUCCAACACGAAAUUCUUUCACAGGUAUGCCUCGCAUCGUAAGAAAAAGAAUACUAUAUUUAAGAUAAUGAAUGAUAAUGGGGAUUGGUUGGAAGGGGAACUUAUGAGAAAAAAUAUUCUGGAUUAUUUCAACAAUAUUUUCACUUCUGGGACUCCGGGGACAGGGGAGGAGUUUUUUGGGAAGGUAGAGAAACGGGUAUCACAGGCACAGAAUGACUCUCUAUUACAACCUUUUACGGUGGAGGAGGUGAAAGAUGCAUUGUUUGCGAUGUAUCCUGAUAAGGCUCCGGGCCCGGAUGGAAUGAACCCGGGGUUUUAUCAGCACUUUUGGGAUGUAGUGGGAGGGGAUGUGGCGAGCUUCGUGAUUAAUUGUGUUGAAACGUGUGAACUUCCGCCUGGCUUAAAUAAUACGGAUAUUGUGCUGAUUCCAAAGAAGAAUAACCCGGAGAUGGUAAUUGAUCUACGUCCAAUUGCUCUUAGUAAUGUGGUCUACAGAAUUAUUGCGAAGAUAAUGACUAAUAGAAUGAAACCAUUGAUGGAUGAUAUAAUAUCUGAGUCACAGAGUGCUUUCAUUCCGGAUAGGUUGAUAACGGAUAAUAUUUUGCUAGCAGCGGAGGUAGGCCAUUUUUUGAACAGAAAACAGUGUGGAUUAGGGGGAUGGGGUGCACUUAAGCUAGACAUGGCAAAAGCUUAUGACCGGAUGGAGUGGCCCUAUCUUCGUAACAUGAUGAUGGCGUUGGGUUUUCAUAGGAACUGGGUGGACUUGGUUAUGAAAUGUGUGACUACGGUUUCCUAUAGUAUCCUGGUGAAUGGCUCUAGAAGUGAUCCAAUUAUACCUACCCGUGGACUGAGACAGGGAGAUCCGUUAUCCCCAUAUUUAUUUAUUAUCUGUGCGGAGGGACUUUCACUUAUGUUGCAACAGGCUAACAGGGAAGGGCUGAUUCAUGGAUGUAGAGUGGCGAGAGCUAAGGAGGAGGAGGCAAAUGAGAUUAAGAGAUGUCUGACAGCAUAUGAGAACCUAUCUGGACAGGUGGUUAACUACCACAAGUCAAAUAUUUGCUAUAGCAGAAAUACAGGAAUUAUUGACAGGGAUAAUGUGGCUCAGGUUUUGGGAGUGACACAGGCCCCGAAUUUUGGCAAAUAUCUGGGACUACCCUCGUUUGUUGGAAGGAAUAAGAAGGCAGCCUUUGCUUAUAUUGAAGAUAAAAUACGCCAAAGGAUUGGGUAUUGGUGGGACUCGGGAGGUGAUAGACGAAUACACUGGAAGGCUUGGGAUAAACUUUGUGUCCCAAAGAAAUAUGGGGGAUUGGGAUUUAAGGAUUUACGUGCAUUUAAUCUGGCAAUGUUGGGAAAGCAGGCGUGGCGAAUGCUCACUAAACCUGACUCUUUAGUGGCUCGUGUCUAUAAAGCCCGGUAUUUUCCAAAAGGAACGUUUUUUGAUGCACAGGUAGGAAAUAACCCCAGUUUCUGUUGGCGGAGUAUUAUGGCAGCAAAGAGUAUAAUUUGUAGUGGGGUCAGGCGAAGAAUCGGAAAUGGGGAAACAACUUUUAUAUGGACCCACCCUUGGCUACAAGAUGAGGACGGCCCUAUGAUACGAACGGAAAUGCCAGUACAAUUACAAGGAUCAAGAGUAAGGGGGUUAAUAGAUCAACAAACAGGAACAUGGGACAAUGACAUUCUAACAGAUUUAUUCCAACCUGAUGUGGGAAGAAUUAUGAGAAUACCUGUCUCCCUGGACUACAAUGAUACAUGGUAUUGGCAUGGGGACCCAAAAGGACUAUAUUCUGUGAAGAGUGGAUACAGGCGGAUAGUGGGAGACUACGAGAGCCAAAGUGGCGAGUUUAUGAAUUGGCUAUCUCUAUGGCAACUCAAAGUACCCCCAAAAUGGAGAAUGUUCCUUUGGAGAGCCAUUUGUGAUAUAUUACCCACUACUACAAACUUGCUUAUAAAGAGGGUGGAUGUGAGCCCUUAUUGUGCCAUGUGUGGGAUAUCACAAGAAGAUACAAUGCAUGCUUUAGUCUUGUGUGACUAUGCAAGAAACAUUUGGGAACAAUCAAACCUUCCAAUCCCCAACAUUGUCACGAAUAUUUUUCAUGUUUGGUUUGAGGAACUUCAAAAUGUUUUAGAUUCUGAUGGAAUGUUAUAUGCAGCAUCAAUUCUAUACAACAUUUGGAGAGCGCGGAAUCGAGCGGUGUGGGAGGCAUGUCUGCCACGGCCACGCUCCAUACUCCGAGCCGCUAUGUCCGCCAAGGAUGCAUGGCUUAUGACACGCCCGAUUCGCCAACCAGCACCACUGCCCGCCAGUACCGGGACCGACGCUGCCGAGGCUGUCCAUGGCGCUGCCGAGAAUGGAAUGCCGAGUUUGAGAAGGUGUCGGGUCGACGCAGGGUAUUCACACGACACGGGAAGGGCCACCGUAGGGGCGGUUUUGUUCGAUGCAAACGGAGAAUAUAUAUCGGCCUUCAAUGCACCAUUGUCAACUUGUUUGACACCACUUAUGGCCGAAGCCUUGGCAUGCAAAGAGGCUUUAUCAUGGUUGAAGGGGAGAGGGGAGCAGAAUAUUGAGUUAUACACGGAUUGUUUGACAUUGCAAUGCUAUCUUGCAACACCGACUACUACGAUUCGCUCCUAUGUGGGCUAUGCUAUUAAUGACUGCAGGUCAAGAUUUGGUAGAUGGGAUAAGAUCAUUGCCACAUUUUUGUUUCCUGUAGCCUGUAAGUCAUCCUCACAGGGCCAGGUGGCGACCGGUCACGCGUAA